UGUUUAGCUUCAGCACUGUGAAGUCCAUGAAUUAGCUACUUGGCUCUGUAACAUUAGCUUAACGAGAAACGCUGGCGCAAUAUUUGAAAACUGUUGUGUAACAAUGCAAAUCUGACACUACCUGAGAUCAGCUAACAUUAUUCCGUCGUGAUUCUGUUGUAACGUAACUUACAGUAACAUCAUAACCACUGCGCACUGCUUCCGGAGGCGUUUCUGAAAAGUCUUGCUCAUUGUGUUUGCGAUCAGCGAUCCGUGACUGACUUUCUGAGUUUGUGAAGUAACUUAGUCUGCCUAUAAAUACUGUAACGAUGUCGGAUGAUCUAAUGAAACAGUUAUCCAGCUACAAAGCCCAGCUGCAGCAAGUGGAAGCGGCGUUAUCCUCCGACCAAGAAAAUGAGGACCUGCUCAAACUGCAGAAAGACUUGCAGGAAGUCAUCGAGCUGACGAAGGACCUCCUGUCGAGCCAGCCCUCGGUGGCCCCCGCCAGCUCGGACAGCUCUGCCGCGGCCCCCCCGAGCCACUCGUGGAAAGUGGGGAACCGCUGCAUGUCGGUGUGGAACGAGGACGGACAGUUGUAUGAAGCCGAGAUCGAGGAGAUCGACGAGGAGAACGGCACGGCGGCCAUCACCUUCAUGGGUUACGGCAACGCGGAGGUCGUCCCCCUGCCCAACCUCAAGCCCGUGGAGGAGGGCAAGCGCUCGGACGAGGACGGGAGCAAGUCCAAAUCCAGGAAGGAGCAGAUCGCAGAACAGAGGGAGUAUAAGAAGAAGAAAGCCCAGAAGAAGGUGCAGAGGAUGAAGGAGCUUGAACAGGAGCGGGAGGACCAGAAAUCAAAAUGGCAGCAGUUUAACAACAAAGCGUACUCGAAGAACAAGAAAGGACAGGUAAAGAGAAGCAUAUUUGCAUCGCCAGAGAGCGUGAAUGGAAAGGUUGGCGUGGGAACGUGUGGAAUCGCAGACAAGCCCAUGACACAGUACCAGGACACAUCCAAAUACAACGUUCGGCAUUUGAUGCCACAAUAGCAGCUAUUUAUUUAUCUUUUUUGUUUCAUUUUUUUAGCUGAUAAUGUUUUGAUGUACUCGUUGGGUUGUAUUAGCAGGGUCACAACUUGCCAAGCUGUGUGUUUCUAUGAAAUAGUUCUCUAAAGGGGGAAAAUAAUAAAGAAUUGCUUACGCACUUAAGAAUCAACUUUUGGUACUUUGAGUUGUGCUGGCAUUUUAAAGCUGCAGUCCCCACGUAGCAUAAAUUCAACACAGUUAAAAACAAAAAGCUACACCAGUUCUAUAUUUGAUAGUAGUGUUCAGACUUAUUAAACAUAACAGCCUGGUCUCUGUAAAAUGCCCAAAGAUGAGAAAAGCAAUGCAAAUAAUUGAAUUCAGACCUGAAUUCUUUACGAUCGUUGUUCUCCUGGUACAUCUCAUUAUAGUUUCAUUUAAAUUAUGAUAUUUAAAAUGUGAUCGGCUUCAGUGUGAAACAGGUCUGUGUUAUCCUCCUAACUGCCAGUAGACAGUCUUUAAUAUUAUUGCAGUGAUGUUCAUUUGCUUCCUGUGGACUUAGGUCAAGGUGUUUUUGUGUCUACUAGGAGAAGAGAAAAGACAAAACACAACAUAAGAAUUCAGUAAGAUUAGCUUUGCUUAAAUGGCACGAAGGACGAUCCUAUGUAGAAAUGAAAAGGGAAUGCGUUAUUUUGGACAUACCAAGAGCUCUGUAUCCAACUCGGAAGGGCCACUGGUUUAGUGCAUGCUUGGUAGGUUUAAGGAAACAUUUCCUGUGGGAUUCAUUUUGAAAGACAGACUUGGUUUGAUCUGGAAACUUCUGUUGCAGUUGAUUGUAAAUGUUGCAUUAUAAUAGCACAUUAAAGUGCUGCCAUUUUGGAUCAUUUUGAAUGCCUUUUAAAGUCACCUUGUCCCGUUUUUGAUUUUAAUAUAUAUAUAUUUAUUUAUUUAUUUUAUUUUUUUGUACCACAAUGCUGUUCUGAAAUCCUGUAAAUGGAGUCGUUUUAUAUUGUCGUUACCUCUGCCCAUCUGUGCAAGAACCACAUUUUCAGGCUGAAGCUAAUCAUGUAGUUAUUGUCGAAAUGUUUGUUUCUGAUGUGAGAAGAUGAAACUGGAGUUUAAGUAUUUUCAUUUUUUUAUGUUUUGUUAUUUUCUUUCUGUGGGGGAUGUGAAGGGGUACCUGCAAAAUAAGCUUACGUUAAAGCAAACCUGCUUUUGCAGGACUGUGAUUUUUACUAAAUUAAUGUCGCUUUUCAGUUUUGUACAUUUACCUUUUAUGAAAUAAAUGUUAUGGCAUAACAUCCAUGAA